UAGAUCUCUCAAGUAUUAAGCCAUGCAAAACCCAAACCCUCAUGCGGUCCUCCUCGCCAGCCCCGGCAUGGGCCACCUCAUCCCCGUGUUGGAGCUCGGGAAACACCUCGCCACCCACCACGGCUUUGACGUGACCAUCUUCGUGGUUGCCGCCGAUGCCUCCAUCACAAAAUCUUCACUCUUUGAGCCGUCACGGUCGAGUCGGUUGAGUCUCGUAUUGCUGCCUCCGGUGGACAUUUCCGGCCUCAUUGAUUCGACCACCUCUGUCGUGACCCAGCUCGUGAUCAUGAUGCAUGAGGCUCUGCCAUCGCUUCGGGCCGCCAUCUCUGCCAUGAAGUCUCACCCCACCGCUCUCAUUGUCGACUUGUUCGGAACCGAGGCUUUUGCGGUAGCGGAGGAGUUCGACAUGCUAAAGUACAUCUUCAUCACAUCGACGGCAUGGUUUCUUGCGGUCACCGUUCACUUGCCGUAUAUAGAUGAAGAAGCAGAACAGGAGCACCGCAUCAUGAAAAGGCCGCUUGACGUCCCAGGGUGUCGGUCCAUUCGCUUCGAGGAUACCUUGGACCUGUUCCUCGACCAAAGCGAUAAGAAUCUCUAUGCGAACUUCACUCGCAUUGGGAUGGAGAUAUCGAACGCUGAUGGGAUCUUAGUGAACACGUGGCAGGAUCUCGAGCCGUUGACCUUGAGUGCACUGGAAAAUGAGAAGUUCCUGGGUCGGGUCGUCAAGGCACCGGUUUACCCGGUGGGUCCGCUCGUUAGUCCUGUCGGGCAAAGUUCCCAAAGUGAGGUGAUGGAUUGGCUAGACAUGCAACCGAUGGAGUCGGUGAUCUACGUCUCGUUCGGUAGUGGCGGAACCUUGUCAGCGAAGCAAACUUCCGAGCUCGCCUGGGGGUUGGAGCUGAGCCAACAUAGAUUCAUCUGGGUGGUGCGCCCGCCCGUGGAUGGUGAUGUGUCCGCAAACUUCUUCAACGUGACAAACAGCCAUGACGGAACCCUGAACUAUCUCCCCGAUGGCUUCUUCACUAGAAUCCGGAACAGGGGCAUGGUGUUGCCCAUGUGGGCGCCGCAGACUGAGAUCUUGGCACACGAAUCAAUCGGCGGGUUCUUCACACACUGCGGUUGGAAUUCAACCCUAGGGAGUAUGUUCAACGGGGUGCCUAUGGUGGCGUGGCCACUCUACGCCGAGCAACAAAUGAACGCGGCGAUGUUAGCAGAAGAGCUCGGGGUGGCAGUCCGGCCAAAGACACAGCCAAACGCCAGCGUGAUCGAGAGGGAGGAGAUAGCGGAGAUGGUGAGAAGGGUCAUGGAAUGGAAGGGCAAUGAGCUGAGAGAUAAAGUUAAGGAGCUACAAGGAAGUGCCAAGCAAGCGCUAAUGCAAGGUGGUUCCUCUUACAAUUCACUGUCGAGAGUGUCAAAGGAGUGUGAACUCAAGCUGCAUCGUCUGCGUGCUAUGGCUCUUGGUGGUUGA